CUCACUCAUCACCGCAUUUAUUCUCUACUCUUCGGUCGAUUAACGAACUAGAUUUUAACUAAAUCAAGUUCAAUCGUAUCUUUAACUCAGUCAAGCUCUAUCUUGCUAACAGCAAUUGCAUCAACCAUCUGAAAAUGCAACCCACCUGGUUGCUUCUUCUUUCAUUUUUAGGUUUCCUCUCCCUCCUCAAUCACACCAUCUCCCUUCUCAAAUGGGUGUUCACCACAUUUUUCAGAGCCCCCAUGAACCUCAACAAGUACGGCUCAUGGGCGCUCGUCACUGGAGCGACUGAUGGCAUAGGGAAAGCCUUUGCAUGCCAACUAGCCCGCCAAGGCCUUAACUUAAUUCUAGUCAGUAGAAACUCAAACAAGCUGAAAACAGUUUCGACUGAAAUCCAAGCAGAAUGUCCCCAUAUCAAGAUCAAGGUUGUGGGCCAUGAUUUCUCCAGCGAUGUCUCAACCGGUGUCAAGUUGAUAAAAGAGGCAGUGGAAGAGGUGGAAGUUGGUGUGUUGAUCAACAAUGUGGGGAUAACGUACCCGGUAGCCAUGUAUUUCCAUGAGGUGGAUGAGCAAGUGUGGAAGGAAAUUGUUAGGGUGAAUUUGGAGGGGGCGACUUGGGUUACCAGAGCUGUGCUACCUGGAAUGCUAAACAGGAAGCGUGGUGCGAUUGUCAAUAUUGGGUCUGGAGCUUCCAUUGUUGUGCCUUCACAUCCUCUCUACACGAUCUAUGCUGCUACAAAAGCCUAUAUUGAUCAAUUAUCGAGAUCUCUUUAUGUGGAAUACAAGCUAUAUGGGAUUGACGUUCAAUGCCAGGUGCCGCUAUACGUGGCAACAAAUUUAGCAUCCAAAGUAGCAUUAAUUGAAAAAUCAUCCUUGUUCGUGCCAUCGCCGGAACAAUAUGCGGAAGCGGGGAUCCGCCAGAUAGGGUACGAACCACGGUGCACGCCCUAUUGGUCUCACUUCAUUCAAUGGUGUUUCGUGCGCUUGUUACCUGAUGCACUUAUUGAUGCUUGGCGUCUCUCUAUUGGCCUCCGUAGGAGGGCAGAGCUUGUAGCAUAA